AUGCAUUAUGGUUUAUCCAAAGUAUCUGCUAUGAAGUUAGCGAGUGACUAUGCAAUAGCAAAUCACAACAAUGUACCAGAAAGUUGGAUCAAAAAUAAUGCUACUGUCAAGGUUUGGUUUUGUGGAUUUCUUAAAAGAAAUACACAACUAAGCUUAAGAACACACGAAGCAAUAAGUCUUUCUAGGGCCACAAGUUUUAAUAGAAAGAAUGUAAAAGAUUUUUUUCAUAAUUUAAGAGAGGUAAGCGAAAAUUAUAAUUUUGAACCACAGAAUAUUUACAACUGUGAUGAAACUGGAUGUACUACGGUGCAGAUGUUCCCCAAAGUAGUUGCUGGUAAAUAG